UCUAUGGCGAACUACAGCCAUGCAGCUGACAACAUUUUACAAAAUCUUUCCCCUUUAACAGCAUUUUUGAAAUUGACUUCACUGGGUUUCAUAAUAGGAGUCAGUGUGGUGGGUAACCUUCUGAUCUCCAUUUUGCUAGUCAAAGAUAAGACCUUGCAUAGAGCUCCGUAUUACUUCCUGUUGGAUCUUUGCUGCUCAGACAUCCUCAGAUCUGCAAUUUGUUUCCCAUUUGUUUUCACUUCCGUGAAAAAUGGUUCGUUGUGGACAUAUGGGACUCUCACUUGCAAAGUGAUUGCCUUCUUGGGGGUUCUGUCCUGUUUCCACACCGCUUUCAUGCUAUUCUGCAUAAGUGUCACCAGAUACUUAGCAAUCGCUCACCACCGCUUUUAUACAAAAAGACUGACCUUUUGGACUUGCUUGGCAGUGAUUUGUAUGGUGUGGACCCUAUCCGUAGCAAUGGCUUUCCCUCCAGUUUUGGAUGUGGGCACCUAUUCAUUCAUUAGGGAGGAAGACCAAUGCACCUUUCAGCAUCGGUCCUUCAGAGCCAAUGAUUCUCUGGGAUUUAUGCUGCUUCUUGCUCUUAUCCUUCUAGCCACACAGCUUGUCUACCUCAAGCUGAUCUUUUUUGUUCAUGAUCGCAGGAAAAUGAAGCCAGUUCAGUUUGUUGCAGCGGUGAGCCAGAACUGGACGUUUCAUGGUCCUGGAGCCAGUGGUCAAGCAGCUGCGAAUUGGCUGGCUGGAUUUGGAAGGGGUCCCACGCCACCAACCUUGCUGGGGAUCAGGCAGAAUGCCAACACCACCGGCAGGAGAAGGCUCCUUGUCUUGGAUGAGUUCAAAAUGGAAAAGCGAAUCAGCAGAAUGUUCUAUAUCAUGACAUUCCUCUUUCUAACCUUGUGGGGUCCUUAUUUGGUCGCCUGUUACUGGAGAGUUUUUGCGCGAGGGCCUGUGGUUCCCGGGGGAUUUCUAACGGCUGCUGUUUGGAUGAGUUUUGCCCAAGCUGGAAUCAAUCCUUUUGUCUGCAUUUUCUCCAACAGGGAGCUGAGGCGCUGUUUCAGCACAACCCUUCUUUACUGCAGAAAAUCCAGGUUACCAAGGGAACCUUACUGUGUUAUAUGAGGGAGCAUCCGUAAAAUCUUUAGCCUUGUGAAAACACUACCCUUCUCUACUAAGCAAUGAUGGCCUCUUGCCAUGUUUUGAGAAGAAAAAACAACAACCCAAAAGGGGAUGUCAGCAGUUGUAAGGAUUUGGGCAACCAACAUUCUGCAAUCUUUGCAAUAGCUCAUCUCUAAUCCUAUUUUAAAACCUAAACUUGUUCCUGCUGACCACUCGUGAAGGUUUGUAAUUAAGAAUAAAGGACUGAACCACUGCCCUAAAAUGCUUUGAUGUGGUUGAAAUCUAGAUAAUGAUUCAGAGAGUAGCAGGUGCUAAAUAUAUCAGCGCUCUGUGCUGUAUAUAUCACUACGUAAAGUAAGACCAUCACAGAAUAGCAUUGGACAUCUGAAUCAGUUAAGUUUGACAUGAGGUUAAUGUGUUGAUGAAACUAAUCUUAGACACUGGAUGAUCUUUAAAUCAUUUCAUACAAUUAUUGUUUUUGCAAAGACUAAAAUCUGGGGACUGUGUUAAGUCCUGUAACUGAUGGGAGAUGUGCCAUCUAAUACUGAAUUAUCAUCCCACCUCUGUUUGCCUUGUGAGUUCUGGGGAGCAUUCCAAAGCAGUUUUGUGUUCCAGGUUUGGUUUUGGUUUUCUUCAAAUUAGACUUUACUUUUGAGUACAUUCUUUGUUUUUUAAACUAAAUAAUAUUUUUCUUUUCUUUCAGGGUAAAAUGUUACUGGCAUAUAAUUGUGCACUGUGUUUUAUGUAUUCAAUUUCUGGGUUUUUUUAAUCUUGAUUUGCUACAAUAUUUAUUGAAUACAUUUUAUAUUUUCAAAAGCUAGAUAUCAGUCUGUUAGGCAACAUAAAUGAGAUUAUCUGAUCAUAACUAAGGAGUAAUCACUACACAGAAUAAACCACAUGUUGCCUUAAAGGGUUAUCUAGUUGCUUCCAUUUUGUUUAGCAUUUUUUGAAAAUAAGCAAAGAAAAGUGAAAUGGUUAAGUCCAGUCUGUCAGUUGGGAGUGCAUGAAUGAUCACUUAAUUCCCUCUUUCCUUUUGAUUCCCAUGAUUCCCCAAAUCAGUAUGCUCAUCACUAGGAUGAUAUGGGCUUCCCCCCACCCCACCCCACCUAGGUGUGUUGCCCAUUCUAGUUUGUUCUGAGAUACACAGGCCGUCAAUGUAUGUUUAUAUUUUAAUGACAGCUGUCAUGGGAAGACCGCAGCCUUAGUAAGAUAUCUUGCACAACAUGUGAAGCAUUUAUUCUACUGAAGGCACAGUCUUGUUUAUACUUUCUGCACAUUUUGGUGUAUUGGUUGUUUCAAAUUAUUUCAAUUUUAAAUUGUGAAAGCAUAUAAUAUGAUUUCUAGUAUUUUAGAAAUACAUUAGAGUCUGUGAGUCUUUCCUUCUUUAAGAUAACAGAUGUGUGGAUUUCAAUAUAAAGUUGCAUUUGCCAAAAUUUACCUGUGUAGCCUGUUAAUUUUCUUGGAAUAAAAUUUUACAUUUUUCCAGUUAUACAACAAA